UUGCUCGCGAGCUGCCCAACUCAAUCAGCACCCCUAGUUAUAUGCCUAUAACAUGAGAGUUUUAAUCUUCCUAUGUACUGAGUAUUUGAGUAAGACCGUAAACUAAACAUCCACUUUGUAAAAAAAACGAACCCUUUAAAAAAAAAAAUCUUCUUUCUCAUCUCUACCGCUAUUUCUCUCUCCUCAAACAAACAAAACCCUAAUUUUAUUUUCUAUCUUCACCCUAAUUUUCUCUCUCUUCAAAUAACAAAGAUGCAGCAGACCAAGCUUCGAUGGGGCGAGGUAGACGAAGACGAAGAUCUGGAUUUCUUGCUGUUACCUCCAAAGCAAGUAAUUGGUCCAGAUGAUAAUGGCGUAAAAAAGGUGAUUGAGUAUAAAUUUAACGACGAAGGUAACAAGGUUAAGGUUACCACCACAACUAGGGUGCGUAAGCUUGCUAAAGCUCAUCUUAGCAAGAAGGCAAUUGAACGUCGUUCUUGGCCUAAAUUUGGUGAUGCUGUUCAUGAAGAAGUCGGCGCUCGUCUUACUAUGGUUUCUACUGAAGAAAUCGGCCUUGAACGACCUGCUCCUCCUGGGGCCAAUAAAGAAGAAACAAAAGCUGCAUCUGAUAACCCAUUCGGCAAAGGUGCUGUCCUCAUGCUUUGUAGGACCUGUGGUAAGAGAGGUGACCACUGGACUUCAAGGUGUCCUUACAAGGAUCUUGCACAACCUCCUGAAACCUUCGUUGAUAAGCCUCCCACAGAUGGACCGGCAGCUGCUUCUACAACUGGCUCCAAGGGAGCAUAUGUUCCUCCAAGUUUGAGAGCAGGUGCUGAGAGAACUGUCACUGACAUGAGGCGCCGAAAUGAAGAGAACUCUGUUCGUGUUACCAAUCUCUCUGAGGAUACCAGGGAGGCUGAUCUCCAUGAGCUCUUCAGGACAUUUGGUCAGAUCACCAGAGUUUAUGUUGCGAUCGACCAGAAGACUGGGUUGAGCAGAGGAUUUGGGUUCGUGAACUUUGCGAACCGAGAAGAUGCUGAGCGGGCCAUCAAUAAGCUCAAUGGAUAUGGUUAUGAUAAUCUCAUUCUUCGAGUUGAAUGGGCUACUCCAAGGGCAAACUAGAAUAUGACAAUGGGUUUUUUUUUCCUCCUGUGACCAAUCAAUUUUUGAUAUUCCUGUUUUACAAUCGGACUAGGCUGAUAAAUCUUUAUGCUCUCUGAGAUGAUUUCAACAUACUAGUUUGAUAUGUUUGAGAUGAUUUUAAUUUGAAGUUUAAUUAUUUAAUCUUCUAAGGUAAAUUGAAUCAAGAAGGGAAGUUUAAUUAUUUAA